AUGGCGGUCUCCUUCUCCAAUACAGACAAGCUACGCUUGGCACUGCGAUUAUGCGGAGCACCAUUUCAGAUUUUUGCCUACAUUUUGCGUGGCCUUGCCAUUGCAUCCGCUCGACAGCUCCCUCUCAGGCUAUAUGCCCUUUGUGCAGUCGCCAAGGCCCUCCCGGACGUUUUUGAUGCUCGUGACACUCAGUAUUUGUGUCCACCGACCAGGCAAUUAUAUGAAUCAUGGAUUCACAAGAAACUCUUGCACUCCCAUAAAAAAGAGCACGCGGUCGUGGCUGGACGGUUGCGAUGUGAUGUUCAACCGCUGGCUGACGACCAUUCCUCAAUUCUCUGGUUCGGAGAUCGUAGCAGGGCAAAGAAAGUGGUGCUGUUCUUCCAUGGCGGAGGUUACAACACCCCUUUACUAAAUGCAUACAUGGAGUUCCUUUGGAGAGCGUAUAUCAAAGCCGGAAUUGAGGCCGACACCGAAGUUGCAGUCGCAAUUCUUGAGUACUCGCUCUCUCCUGGCGUACAGUAUCCCACUCAACUAUGCCAGGCGAGUAAUGCACUUGCGCAUUUGCUGUCAUCUGGGAUUUCGCCACGGAACAUCAUUAUUGGCGGAGAUUCUGCUGGAGGUAACUUGACGGCGCAGUUGCUCUGUCACAUGGCCUGGCCUCACCCUGAAGCUGUGCCCAUCAAGCUAUCCGAGCCUCUUGCCGGUGUGUUUCUCAUCUCUCCAUGGCUCAGCACACGUACAACCGAUAGAUCCUUUGCGGAAAACGGGUCGAUUGAUAUGGUUUCGGCUCCUUAUGUACGUCUUGUCACGGCCGAGGUUCUGGGACCUGACUGGGAGGAGGAGCCGAGUGACCGUUUCAGCCAUGCCUUCCCACUGGACACGCAACACCCUUGGAUGGAUAGGCUAUCCGCACUGACAAACAAGAUGUAUCUGUCAGUAGGAUACCACGAGGUGCUUCGAGAUCAAUGUGUCGAGUUUGUGGACAAGGUACGAGAAGCCAACCCGAACAUGGAGCUUCAAUUUGAUCUUCAAGAAAAGAUGGCGCAUGACUUUGUACUCCUGGAGGCCGAAGAGAAGCGCGACGGGGAGUGUAUUGAAGCCAUGAAGAAGUGGGUGAAGAGCAUGUUGAUAGCACAUUAA